AUGUCUGAAUCACAAUUGAAGAAAGUUCUCAAGGAAAAUGAAGGUUUGAAGUCACAACUCGAGAGAUCUUCUCAAAUUCUUAGAGUAUCAGAAGCCUGUAAUACUUUGCAAGACUUUUGUUUAAAGACUGCUGAUCCAUUUGUUCCAGGAUGGCAAGGUGAAAACGAAUGGACAAAGCCACUCAAAGGAAGCGGAUGCUCUGUUUUAUAA